UCGGAGCUUCGAGGGGCUGAGCUUCGGUGGAGGACCACAUGACGGGGCACAAGAUGGAGAAGCGUUAUGAGUGCGACGUGUGUGGCAAGGCCUGGCAGUGCCUGAGCGAGCUGGAGACCCACCGGCUCGAGCACACGGGAGAACACCCAUUCUGCUGCUCCGACUGCGGUAAGAGCUUCAAGACGGCGCGGGCGCUGAAGGUCCACCAGCGAGUGCACACGGACGAGAGGCCCUUCAGCUGCUCCACCUGUGGCAAGGGCUUUACCGGGUCGAAGGGGCUACGACGGCACCUGCGGGUGCACAGCGGUGAGCGGCCCUUCACCUGCUCCGACUGCGGCAACGGCUUCAAGUCUUCGGCAGAACUGAAGAUGCACAGACGCCUGCACACCGGGGAGCGGCCCUACACAUGCAGCGACUGCGGCAAGGGCUUCAAGUCAUCACCGGAACUGAAGGUGCACGGGCGCCUGCACACCGGAGAGCGGCCCUACACCUGCAGCGACGGCAGAAAGGGCUUUACCUGA